UUGCCCGACUUGAAGGUAGAAGUUCCUUGAAAGAAAUAGAACCACAUCUGUUUGCUGAUGAAGAUUCACCUGUGCAUGGUGAUAUUCUUGAAUUUCAUGGCUCAGAAGGAACAGGAAAAACAGAAAUGCUUUAUCACCUAACAGCACGAUGUAUACUUCCCAAAUCAGAAGGUGGCCUGGAAGUAGAAGUCUUAUUUAUUGACACAGAUUACCACUUCGAUAUGCUCCGGCUGGUUACAGUUCUUGAGCACAGACUAUCCCAAAGCUCUGAAGAAAUAAUCAAAUACUGCCUGGGAAGAUUUUUUUUGGUGUACUGCAGUAGUAGCACCCACCUACUUCUUACGCUUUACUCGCUAGAAAGUAUGUUUUGUAGUCACCCGUCUCUCUGCCUUUUGAUUUUGGAUAGCCUGUCAGCUUUUUACUGGAUAGACCGUGUCAAUGGAGGAGAGAGUGUUAACUUACAGGAGUCUACUCUGAGGAAAUGUUCUCAGUGCUUAAAGAAGCUUGUAAAUGACUAUCGCCUGGUUCUUUUUGCAACGACACAAACGAUAAUGCAGAAAGCCUCGAACUCGUCGGAAGAACCUUCUCAUGCCUCUCGACGCCUGUGUGACGUGGACAUAGACUACAGACCCUACCUCUGUAAGGCAUGGCAGCAACUGGUGAAGCACAGGAUGUUUUUCUCCAAACAAGAUGAUUCUCAAAGCAGCAACCAAUUUUCAUUAGUUUCACGUUGUUUAAAAAGUAACAGUUUUAAAAAACAUUUUUUUAUUAUUGGAGAAAGUGGGGUUGAAUUUUGUUGAUAUGUAUCAUAAAAUAAGUCUUUUGCAGGGUACUAUGCAAACCUUAAAAUUUUUCUU